AUGAUUAAGACAUUAUUUGCUAGAAAUCCUUCUAGAAUACGUAACACUAAUUUAGGUUUUUCAUACACACCAUUAAGAUUCGCCGGACAUUCAAAAUGGGCCAAUAUUAGACAUGACAAGGCAAAGAAUGAUUCCAAGAAAUCCAAAGAAGCCACUUUGAUCUCCAUUCGUAUAGAAAGUUGUGUACGUACUGGUGGUAAAGAAGGUAAUUCUAGAUUAGAACAAUUACUAGAAAAAGCCAAGUCAUUAAAUGUUCAAAAAUCUCUUAUUGAAAGGGCUAUUAAAAGAGGUAGUGGAGAAUUGACAGAUGCAUCACAACAACAAGAAGUUCAAUAUGAAUUCAUGGGACCUGGUGGAGUUGCAGUUAUGGUUAAUGCCCUUACUGAUAAUAAAGCAAGAACUGUAUCUUUGGUUAAAAAUGCCAUGGCUUAUUUCCAAGCUUCAUUAAGUUCAUGUGCAUUUAUGUUUGAUAAAAAAGGUGAGAUCAUUUUCCUUCCAAAAGAUGACAAAGAAACAUUUGAUGAUGUAUUUGAAGUUGCUUUGGAUAUUGGUGCUGAAGAUGUUGAAGAAGUUGAAUUUGAUGAUGAAUUUAUUCCUGAUAAGAAACAUAAAUUUUAUAGAUUAUUAUGUGAAGCAAAUGAUAUUAAUCAAGUUGCCAAUGAUUUGACUUCUAAAGGAUAUAAAUUACACGAAUCAGCCGUGAGAUAUAUUGCAAAUACUGAUUCUCAAGUUGCAUACCCUGAAGAACUGUCUAAAGGAUAUUUAAGAGCCAUUGAUAAUUUAGAUCAACUUGCUGAUGUUACUGAUUAUUAUACAAAUAUUGAAGGUGAACAUGAAGAACGUAUCAUGUCUUCCGUCAAUUAA